AUGGAGCUGGUAGCCCCCGUCGUGGACUGCACGUUUGGUCUUUUGGUGCUUGGCGACCCAACCGCCGUCCGCGUGUACUACCUGGUGCGUAACCAGAGCGACACCGAACAAGUGUUACUGCUGUCGACUUCGCUGUCGGCGCAAGACUACCAAGUGGCUCAACAAUUCCAGAGAGGACCCGCUGCAAUUCUCCAACUCGCACCUAUCAACGAUACUCAGGCCACCACGCUGGAGCGUCAGCUCACGGUGACGCUCAACUAUCCCUACGUAUCCGACCCAGCGUUUGCCUACUCCGAACUGGAAGGGAUUGAUGGAGACAACUACUGGCUUUUGAAAACUUUCCCAAACCAACACAACGCAGACCCUGCCAAAACUGUGCGCAUGGCUCGACGUUUUGGGCGAUACAGGAGUGAUCCAACCGCACAGUCCAACAUCGAGACAGCGCAUUGGGACCUACCCACUGACGCCGCUACCGAGCUGCGAGAAUGGAGGUGGUAUACUCGUGCUGUACUACACGACUCGUGGGCCUGGACGCACGCUAUCCACGGCGCCUUCGCCCUCAAUGACAUCUUCAACCUGAGCGUACUGGCGUUCAUCAUCUAUCGGCGUCUGCGCAUGGGCCACGUCUGGGUGGGCGACGCCUUCGCCACCAUCUCGAACUCGCUGCUGUACCGAGGCGUGAUCGUCAUUUUCUGCAGCCACUUGAACGGGUACUGGACCAUCACCAAGAUGUGCAUCUCCAUCGGAGACUCCAUCACGGACCAGCACGUCAUCUACUACCGCCCAGAGCUCGUGCACGCCAACUUGUGGUCUGUGUAUCUGAAUCUGGCCAGCGUCUUGAGCUAUCUCGCGCGUGAGAGGGUCGACCCACUGGUGGCGUAUCUGACGUUCGAGUUGGGCUGGACGUACCGAGUGCAGCUCGCCAAGCUGUUCCCCGCCUUGGCCCACGCAUAUCGCGACCUUCGCUCGUCUUCUCCCAUCUGCAGCCCCAUCGUGUUCAUGCUCGCGUACAUUAUCGGUCGGAAGUCGACUCGGUACACCAGCGUGCCAGUCGUAGCGACCGGAGACCACGUUACAAUGACAGCUCGUCGACGGUCCAGCGCCUACAGGGAAGGCUUGCAGCAGAACGGCCUCACGUCCUUCGAAGUGGCUACAGGAGCGGCUCUGACCAACCGCUUUGGCGUCAUCUCGAGCUACGACAACUACGCGGUGCACGACAACCAGCUCAUCGCGACGAUCGACGCGGUCUACUGCAACGGCUUCCUCGUGGUCAACGGCAAGUUCCUCAUCGGCGCGCAGGAUCUGCUCCCUUGA